GCGUACCACACACAACUCACACACAGAGAAACAUGGCGGACGUGUUGGACCUACAUGAAGCGGGAGGCGAGGACUUUCCUAUGGACGAGGAUGGCGAUGAGAGCAUCCACAAACUGAAGGAGAAAGCCAAAAAGAGGAAAGGACGAGGCUUCGGCUCAGAGGAAGGAGCCAGGUCCAGAAUUAAGGAGGACUAUGAUACUGUGGAGCAGGAUGGGGAUGAACCAGGCCCUCAGAGAUCUGUGGAAGGAUGGAUCCUGUUUGUGACAGGUGUCCAUGAAGAAGCCACUGAGGAAGACAUCCAUGACAAGUUUUCAGAGUUUGGCGAAAUCAAGAACCUGCAUCUCAACCUUGACCGCAGAACAGGCUACCUCAAGGGGUAUGCACUGGUGGAGUAUGAGACGUACAAAGAGGCUCAGGCAGCCAUGGAAGGGCUCAACGGUCAGGACAUGAUGGGGCAGCCCAUUAGUGUCGACUGGGGAUUUGUCAGAGGGCCCCCUAAGAACAAGAGGAGGGCUGGUGGACGGAGACGCAGCAGAAGUCCAGACAGGAGGCGGCGUUAACUCUGGCAGGUGUCAAAGACCUGAGAAGUGGUCUGUCACUCUGACGUUGUCAACGUCUCAUGGAGCAGUUUUUUUUUCCUUUUUGUUUUUGUGAACAUUAUUUUCAGUAACCGUUACAUAGCAUGCAGUUUAAAAUACUGAGGUAAACAGUUGAUUUGAGAUGAA